AUGGAUGUCGGAUAUGAAGCGACCCCGCCGCCUUCCGCGGGGAAGGACUGGGCCAGUUUCUGGAAUUACGUCGACAGAGCACCCCCCACCGAAGAGAGCGACCCCGUCCCCCGCGACAUCCUCGUUGUUGGCGCCGGCAUUGCGGGCAUUGCCGCUGCCCUGGCUCUUUCCAAAGAAUUGACACCCUUCGUUCCCGACCUCCGUAUCACUGUCUAUGAACGACACGAUAUUCUCUCCACCUCCGGUGGUGCCAUCAACCUCACUCCUGUCGCCCAGCGGCAUCUCGAUCGUCUUGGGGUGCUAGCAGAGUUGGACAGGCUUGGACCUGAAGGUGGUACUGACGUGGAUGCCAUUGAACUGUAUUCCAGUCGGUCCGGACGAUCCCUCGGUUCGGUUGACUUUGUGGAUGAACAUGGCAAUGGGUUCGGAGGAUAUAAGGGUCGCCGUGUGAUGCGGAUUGCUCUCUCGGUAGCCAUGUUGACGGUUGUUGAACGAUCCAAGAAUGUGAACGUUGUGUUCGGCAAGAAGCUGGUCCGGGGGAAGGAAACAAAAGACAAAGCCAUGCUUUACUUCCAUGACGGAACCACAGCCACAGGGGACUUGGUUCUCGGCUGCGACGGUGUGCACUCGGCGACUCGAAUGUACUGGGUUGACCCCGACAGUCCAUCCGAGUAUACUGGCAUCUCCUUCUGUCAGACUCUCGUUGACACCAAAAAGAUCAAAGCCCCUGUUCAUUUCCGCUCCACAUCCAUGAACAUCUCUCGACAUGGUUCGCUACUAGCCAGCUACUGUGACCGGGACCACGAGCAGAUUUUUUUGGCCGCUAUUGUUCAGUUCCGCGAGGAAUUGCUUCCUCACUACCGCAUGGACCCUGGUCAGGACUGGCGGCGGACUGCUGCUAUCAAGCAAGCUCUGCGCCAAGAGAUGCAAGACCGCUUCGGUCGAUCCGGAGUGCCUUGUAUCCGGGACUUCGUCAACAAGGCGGACGACUGGAUGUUGUAUCCUGUCUGGCAAGUACGGCCUAAUGCCCGGUGGUACCGGGGCCGAGUGAUUCUUUUGGGCGAUGCAGCUCAUGCGAUGCCUCCCCGUGACGAGUCUGCGGCGUAUGCGCUGGAUGAUGCUAUCCUCUUCUCUCGGAUUCUCGCCAAGCACCGGUAUGAUCCCUUGACCGUGGCGUUUAAAGCCUACGAGGAUCUGCGUCGGGGCACGGUCAACGCGGCGUUCCAAGUGUCCCGCCGGAUGUGGGAGAAGAACCGCGACAUGGGGUUCCUGGAAGGCCGAUUGAAGGAGUGGACCUACCCGAUGCAGGUCCGCAAUGCGAAAGACUCACGCGAGGCGGCCUGGGAAUUCGAUGCCACCAAGGUUGCGAUUCCGGGCACGCUCAGCGACCAAUCUUCAUCUCUCUACUCGUCGGAACGAGAUUUCCUUUAGACUAUUUGCAUGGGCGGUGUUUCGGUUGGUUUGGGUUCCGGGUCUAUGGGAUGGAUGGGUUUGGUUACGAGAAUACGAACUGGGAUACAUUGCAUCGAUACAAUUGUUGUCAAAAAGAACGCUAGGCUUGAAGUGUUGGCGGGGCUAUGGGUUUUCUUAGUCUCGGCCGCACCAUUUUGAUUUUUUUUUCUAUCUGCCUGGCACUUUCUUUCGUGGCUACUAUUAAUUUUUUUUCCCCCUCAUAUAUACUAAUCUCGCUUAUACACCAUGACACUUUCGGGUUCUGCUUCUAUGGGG